UUUACAUACUCUUUUUAAUUAAUUUUUUUUUUUUGUUCUUAUUUUCUUUUGACUACUUCGGCCAAGGUUAUUUAAAUUUUAUGAAUUCACUCUAGUACUUCUUUACCAAUUCAAAAUGGACAUUUUCAAUUCUGCGUUGAAAAAUCCGGUUCCUCCUACUCGUAAGGAAAAUAACGAUGGUUCAAUGUCAAACUCUCCUACUCCCGAUAAUAACUCCUCCCAAUCUUCCACUCCAGUCAAUAAUCUUAAUAAUUCCAUGAUGUCGUUACCAAACACUGGAGAAACAAGUGCAUCCGACUCUUCAAUUCAAAAAAAGAGGAAAAAUUCAAGAAGAAAACAUCGUAAUUCUCAUUUAGGUUGUGGAACUUGUAAGAAAAGAAGAAUUAAAUGUGACGAAAAUCUACCCUCUUGCUUGAAUUGUUUAAGAGGUAAAUUACAUUGUGCUUAUUUAAAUCUUGAUGCUCCAGCUAGAGAAGCUUUGAGAAUGGCUCAGUUCAAUCAAAAUUCAAGACAAGACCGUUUACAAGAUCAUCCGGAUUCAAAUGAACAACAAUCAAAUAAUUCAAAUUCUUCAAAUAAUUCUCCUCAAUUAAAUCAAACUAAUCAUUUACCCACAAAUCAAGUUCCUUUACCUAUGGGGGUUCCAGUGGUGGUGAAUCAAUCUACCUCCCCUCCAAAUGGUUUAACUUCUACUACAAACCCUCUAGAUUAUUAUACUGUGGCCGCUGCUCAAGCCCAAGCUCAGGCUCAAGCCCAUGCCCAAGCUCAAGCUCAAGCUCAGGCAAAUGCUCAAGCUCAAGCUCAACUUCAUGCUCAAGGCCAAUUCGCUGCUGUUCCAUAUCCAAUCAUUCACCCUUCCCAACAAACUACUACCCAUAUUAUUCAAUCGCCUUAUGGUCCCUUAGUAUCAAUACAACCAGCAGGUCCUUAUUCUCAAAUAAUACCCCAACCUUCAUCCCAAGUCUACCUUAACCCUACUCAAGGCCCUGUUUCGACCACUACAUCUGCGCCUCCAGCUCCAGCCCUGGCUCCCGUUCCUACUCCAUCAGUUGGUUCAGCAAACGGACUUACUCCCAAUACCGUCCCCGUCACCAAUGCCAGUAUUAUAACCCCGCCAAUGAACACCAUGGCUUCGCAAUCUACAUCAUCAAUACCUUUGGCAAAAUCAGCUUCCAGCGACGGAUUGAUGAAAUCACCAAAUAUGUUAUCGAAAUCAACUACGUCAUUGAAUAAUCAUAGCCCGCCAUCGAUUUCAAUCAAUACCGAUUCCAAAUCAUCACUUAACAACGACUCGAAAUCAAUUUCAAUCAACACCGAUCCAAAAUCAAACUCUGUGACUUUACCUCCAAUAAGCUCAACAAAUCUCAGUGUUCCUCCAGUACUGGCUACAUCUUUAUCGCCUAAUUCAACCACUAACUCCAUGUCAUUUUCAAAUCGUAAUAGUCCUAAUUUACUGGCAAUUUCAAGAAAUCCUUCAUUUAAUACUUUACCAAGUAUUGGAAGCCCCAAUGAUGACUCCUCGGGCCAUAUGGUCAUUGAUUCUGCUGCCAGCUCCUCCAAAAGAAGUCUGGAAGUGUCACCGCUUCUACCACCUAUCAAACCUCAAUUAACCUCAACUACAUCACCAGAAGUUACCGCACCACUUCCAGAAAUUAAUAAACUGGAAAGCCCCGAUAGUUUGAAUGACGGAGAUAUUAGAUUACCACCAAUAAAAUCACUAAAGGUUGGCAACUCUCCUCCGCCAUUAAAGACCCAAACUACAGUCCCUACCGUUAACCUCGAGACCAGCGAGGGCGAUAAAGUCCCAAAAAUUUCAAAACUUUUAAGUUAACAGUUAAUUCAUCUUUCAGUUCUACAACUAAGAAUAGACCUUGUUUGUUUAUGUUCAAUUUUCGUAAAAAUAUUAUCUAGACAAAUUUUUUUUUUUUUGGUUACAAUUUAGUUUUAUUACAGUAAUAUUUUC